AUGGUAGAACUUUCGUCAGAAAUGCCUCCCCUAGUUAACGCUGUCGGGAAGGCUUCGCCGAACCUUCCAGUCGACGCUCCGGCGGUGGUCGGAACCGCCGGUGAGACCGCAACAGCCCCGCCGUCCCCUCCGCGUUUCGCGGAUCUUUACGGCUCCCCGCAAGUCUUCUCCGAGUCGCCGUCCAUGUCGGCCUUCCCCCAAGACUCGCCCGCGUCAAACCUUCUCCGCGCCCCCCACAAGUCGGAAUCUCCGCAAGCCCCGCCCGCGACACUGCGCCGACACCGCCGCGUCGCGUCGUCCCCGCAACCCGGACUUCUGGAGUCGGAAAGAAGUUUCGACGGAAACGCGGAGCGAGAGGGGAAGCAACGCACGGUAUCCCCCAAGAUCGACGGUCGAAGUGCCGUGCGGCCCCGCCAUAACCGCCGUUCCUCCGUCAGCGGCGCCAGCAGCGCAAGCACCGAGGCGCGCGACGGGGAAAGCGGCGGGCAUUGCGGCGACUUGUACGGCAGACAAGAGCUGGUACGCCUGGUCCCGACGGACCAAACCACAGCCGUCUCGGAGUUCUCGCCCAAGUCUCCCUCGAUUUCGUCACUCUCGAGAAAGUCACCGCUGCCCAAGUCACCUUCGUCUCAGUCCUUGCCUCGAAAGGGAGAGUCGACGCGUCGACUCUCCUAUUCCAGCGACGCCAUCCCGCUGCAACGGGGUGAUAGUACUAGCGCCGAAAUUCCGCUACUACUGCCGGAAAGAGUAUCGCGCGGGUCGUUAUCGUCAACAAACAGUCGCAUGAACAUCCAGCGUAACCCCUUCAGCCCUCGAUUCUGCUCGCGCGAUGACGAUCCGGCGGCGGGUGCGCCGCUUCCGGCGGAGUUAUCCCCUUCUCCGCGCGACUUGCCGCCGGUGUUUCCCCCCUCGCCCUUUCCGCGCGCUACUUCUCCCCGCGAUGCGGCUGCACGGGCCCCUCCGCGAUCCCCGGCGAUCGGCAGACUCGCGGCGGCUCGAGCGUGGAAUAAGAUGAUGGCGAUGCCGCCGCUGAGCACGGAGCGGUCAGCGCCGCCGGCGGAGCUGUUAUCGUCUUCUCCGCGCGGCGUUACUACUACCGCCGCUACUACUACCAGUGGUAGAACUAAAAACACUUUCCUUCCGCUGUAUCCUGGAGUUGACGCGCCUCGACAGUCGUCGGCGGAGCUGUCUCCGCACGGCGCUACCACAACCACUCCGCAUCAGCGAUCCCCGCUUUCUCGUUCCCCGCAUCCGCGCUCCCCGCUCGCGCUGGCUUCUCCCCCGUCCGCGCGCGCCUUCCCCGUCGAUGGGGGAAGCGCGUCCGCGCGGCGGCUGAUGGCGGAGUGCGAGGCGCGCCGAGUGCGCUGGGAGCUGCUGAACGCCGCGGGCGCCUUGAACGGACGCUCUGCGGAGUGCGCUGGCCGCGGAAGCUCCGCGGAGCAUGUCGCAGCUACGUCCCCCAUCCCCGCAGGGCCUCCGUUAAGCGCUCUUCGCCCUACUCCCGCUCGAGCUAUUCCCGUCUCCCGCCUGCGCCGCGGACGCGUGUCCUCCUGCUCCUCUCUCCCCAUCUCCCCGCUGUCUACUUCCCCGCUUUCCCUGUCUCCGCUUUCUCCCCUUUCCGCCGCCUCUGCUUGCGUUCUCCCCGCGUCCGCCGCGCCUUCUCCCGCGAAACCCGGCCCCGCGGAAAGCCCGUUACGGAGAGAACGUUCAGGCGUGCAAGGUAAAGCGCGCGCGCAAGGUAUCCUUGCCUUGACCGCGCAGCAGCAGCAGCAGCAGCAGCAGCAGCAGCAGCAGAAACAGAAGCAGCAGCAGCGACAGCUAAUGGUCGAGGGUUCCAAGCGAGAUCGCGUGAAGCAGCUGCGCGUUUUGGGGAAGCAUGGAAGCUUCGAGCAACUCUCGGGAUUCUUUUCCAAUGUGCUUUCCCUCUCCCGGGGCAGCAGCGGGGAUGGCUCCACCAGUAGCGGAUGCAGCAGCCCCUGCCCGAGCAAUCCGGGCAGCUUGCUGGAAAAAAUCUCUGCGGGAGGGAAAAGUUUGAAGCCGUCGGAUUUCGUUCUCAAAAUGCCCUACGAGGAUAUCAAGGCUCGGUAUUCGCUCGGAAAGAAGGAAAUCGGGGAGGGCAGGUUUGGUUCCAUCCGAACCUGCUUGGAACAGAGCUCCGGCAACUUCUACGCCUGCAAGACAAUUUCCAAGAAGAUUAUAGAGACUCCAGAGGAAGCAGAGGACGUACGGCGUGAGGUGAUGUUUCUCGCGGCGCUGAAAGGACACCCCUACAUCGUCACACUCAAGGAGGCGCUAGAAGACAAAUCUGCCAUCCACCUCAUCAUGGAGCUCUGUCCGGGCGGCGACCUCUUCGAGAGAAUCAAAUCCCGAGCCCAACUCACCGAACCUGAAGCGGCUUCAAUUCUUCGGCAACUUCUAGAAGCCCUAAUGCACUCCCACUCCUUGGGAAUACUCCACCGCGACGUGAAGCCCGAAAACAUCCUCCUUUGUAGCCCCUCCAGCUGCUCCUCUAUAAAGCUCAUCGAUUUCGGAGUGGCUACAGUGCUGCCGGAGGGAGCACAGUGCAAUGAGGUGGCAGGAACCCCUGAGUACAUGGCACCAGAGGUGUAUGAUGAGAAAUACGGUUUCGGCGCUGAUGUAUGGGGUGCUGGGGUUUCACUCUAUGUGAUGCUGUCAGGGAUACCGCCCUUCUGGGAGUCGACAAACCGGAGUCUGGAGCAGGCUAUAAGGUGCAAAAAGGUGUCGUUUAAGCACUGGAAGUGGGCUGACGUGUCGGCGGAAGCAAAGGAUCUUAUAACGAGGAUGCUGGAGAAAGAUCCGAGCAAGCGCAUCACGGCUCAAGAGGCUCUAGAGCAUCCGUGGAUCACCAAGCUUGCUCCAUGA